AUGAAUGAUAGUGCCGUAAAGUUGAAAAAGAAAAGGCUUAUCAAGCAUGUUGUCACCUUAUCAGUUAUCACUAGCAUACUAUUUGCAUUAAUCAUUGUUGCUGGCAUUGUAUUGAUAUUCAAAUUACCACCAAACAAUCAAAAAUUUACUCUUAGCACAAUUGACUUAUCACAAGAUCAAGAAAAUUGGAAACAUCAAGUGAAUGCUGUUUUUGCAAUAAAUUUAAUUGGACCAAAAGAAAUGCGACCUAAACGAUCGGUCGAAAAUAUUAAAAAGUACACGUUACAAGUGAUACGUUCACUUCUAUUCACGUAUUACGGAAGUGACGCGCAAUUUGUAAUACAAACUUAUUCCAUUCCUGGACAAACAACAUUUAGCGAAUUCUGUAAUGCACCGUGUACAAUGCGAUAUAUCGAUCAGAUCGAUCAGAUCAAUCAAAUUGAUCGAGAACAAACUUUCAUCGGUGAAAAUCCCAAUCAAACAGAUGCUGUUUGGCAAUAUUAUCGCUAUAGUCUUGGAAGAAAACCAAGUCGUUACAUUUUAUUUGUUGCUGAUCGUACUUCAUACAGUGAUGAUGCAAUAUUUGAAAAAGAUAUGGAAGAAACGAGCAAAAUAUUAGAACAAACAAAACUAACAAAUAAAACAGAAAUAAUAUUUAUUAACAAUGCUAAUACAGUAAAUUACUUUAUGCAUAAAAGUAAUAUUAUUAGCAAUGGAAGAAGCGCUACAGAAUUAGCAAAUUUAAUCAACAAUAGACUGAUUUCUUAUUAUAAAAAUGAUAAUAAGCUGAAUGCAAAUACAACAAUUGCAACGACAAUAAGCGAUUCAUCAGAAUUUGUUAUACCAUUUAUUACAGAAACAACAACAACAACUACUAUUGUUACUGAUGAAAAAAAUAAAAAUGAAAUUGAUGUUCAAACAAUACCUGUGCAAGAAUUACCUCAAUCAAAUGUUGCAUUCCAUAAUACAGAAAUAAAAGAACAAGCAACUACAGUUUCAUUCAUUUCAUCUACAACAAAAUUCAGCAAAACAACAAAGAAUGAUCAUCAAUUCAUCAAUGAUAAUUCACGAUUAUCAUCAUUUCCUGAUAUUGAUUCAAAAGCGGAAGAUGAUUUUAUUGUUGAAAGGAUGAAAAUUUUUUCAACUGAUACUGAUGAUAGUACUAUAUCAAAUGAGCAAAAAUAUAUUGCUAAUAUCGAAUCAACAACAUUUACUUUACUACCAUUUUUAUGGACCGGAAAUGGUGAUGAAUUUGAGCAACCGGAUGAUACGGAUAUUGAUGAAAUGAUCGAAACAACACAAUCAAAAUUUACUUCAACAGAAAAAAUUACACAAUCAAUAAGCAGUAAUGUUGCUAAUGAAUUAACACAUAUUAAAAGUACUGAUAGUAGUAGUGAUAAGCAUUCAGAUUAUCAUUCAUUAACUGAUAAAAUAGAUAACAGUAAGGUAAAUUUACCUAUGAUAUCUAGUAGCAACAACAAAAUGUCAUCUAAAUUUCAAACAAAUGAUCGAUUUGAACAAACAAAAUUAAUUGAAAAUGAUGAAUCAUCAUUUACAACAAUAGAAGAAGGAGAAGAAGAAGAAGGAGGAGGAGGAGGAGGAGAGAGAUGGAACGAUUAA